AGUGAGUCAAGUUACCUUUCUUCCCUUCGACGUUUCUAUUUGGGUGCGUAAAAAAAUAAAAAUAGAGAGGGAAAGAAGAAGAAGAAGAAGAAAUAAAUCGAGCUUCAAUGUGUCCAUCUUCUCAACAACCUCUUCAUCCAAUCAGACCCUAAUAUCCUCUUCCUGAUCUAAACCAAAUUUGUUAGAUCUAACGCUGAGAAAGGGAAAAAUGUCUCAUAUGUCUCAUAAUGAUACAGUACCGCUACAUCCGUCAUCACAAUCAGACAUCGAUGAGAUAGAAAAUCUGAUUCAUGCUAGUGUUCAAUCUGGGCCAGCAACUGUAUUACCAGCUAGACCACCAAGUCCACCUAGGGCGUCAAUUCCUAUUUCAUCAUCUCCAUUUAUAAAAUCAAACAUUCAACAACAACAAAAGCUACCAGUUUUUCAAAAACCUGUUCAGACUAGUAUUCCUGUGCCACCUGCUUUACCACCUGCUGUUAAUGCUAAUUCCAAUGCUGGGGGUCGUGGAAAUAUUGGUUCCAGUGGAUUUGGUUCUCCACCGAAUACACUUACUGAACCAGUUUGGGAUACUGUGAAGAGAGAUUUGUCAAGGAUUGUUAGUAAUUUGAAGCUUGUUGUGUUUCCAAAUCCUAAUCGUGAAGACCCUGGGAAAGCUUUGAGAGAUUGGGAUCUUUGGGGGCCAUUUUUCUUCAUUGUCUUUCUUGGUCUUGUUUUGUCUUGGUCUGCAUCUGUCAAGAAGUCAGAGGUUUUCGCUGUUGCUUUUGCGCUUCUGGCAGCUGGAGCUAUAAUUCUGACAUUGAAUGUCCUGCUUUUGGGUGGGCACAUAAUCUUUUUCCAGAGUCUCAGCCUUCUUGGUUACUGUCUGUUCCCUCUGGAUAUUGGAGCCCUAAUCUGCAUGUUGAAAGACAAUGUCAUACUAAAGGUGGUUGUGGUGUGUGUAACAUUGGCGUGGAGCUCCUGGGCUGCCUAUCCAUUCAUGAGUUCAGCUGUCAACCCAAGAAGAAAAGCACUUGCUCUUUACCCAGUCUUCCUCAUGUAUGUCUCUGUUGGUUUUCUAAUAAUUGCUAUCGAUUAAGAACACUCGAUGAAAGGUAGAACACAUGCAUAUUUGAUCUCAUCAACAGGCAAACAAAGCGCACUUGCAGAAGGUGGACGAGCAAGUGUUCAGCAUUUUGCUUCUUAUGUGUGGACUUCUUGUUUCUUACUACAAUUUUUUGACCAUACACUUAAAUAUUUGGAGACUCAAAAUAUCAUUUUAAUAGUAGUUCUAUAGGGCUGUGUCUUAUCACAUGGAUCAUAUCCUAUUUCGUUUUUGUAGUAAUUGGAGUAAAAUGGAUUUUGGUCAUUAAA